AUGACUUCCUUCUCCCUGACCCAGGCACGAAUCGAGGAACUGGAGGAAGAACUAGAAGCGGAGCGCACGGCCCGCGCCAAGGUGGAGAAACAGCGGGCUGAACUCUCGCGAGAACUGGAGGAGAUCAGUGAGCGUCUGGAGGAAGCCGGAGGGGCCACCUCGGUGCAGAUCGAGAUGAACAAGAAGCGGGAGGCCGAGUUCCAGAAGAUGCGGCGCGACCUGGAAGAGUCCACGCUGCAGCACGAGGCCACGGCGGCCACCCUGCGCAAGAAGCACGCGGAUUCCGUGGCCGAGCUGGGCGAGCAGAUCGACAACCUGCAGCGGGUGAAGCAGAAGCUGGAGAAGGAGAAGAGCGAGCUGAAGCUAGAAGUGGACGACAUGGCCUCCAACAUGGAGCAGCUCGUGAAAGCCAAGGCCAAUCUGGAGAAGAUGUGUCGGACGUUUGAAGACCAAAUGAAUGAGCACCGGGCCAAGUCCGAAGAGUCUCAGCGCAUGGUCCACGACCUCACUUCGCAGCGAGCCAAGCUCCAGACCGAGAAUGGCGAAUUGUCCCGCCAGUUGGAUGAAAAAGAAGCUUUGAUCAGCCAGUUGACCCGAGGAAAGUUGACCUACACUCAACAGCUAGAAGAUCUGAAGAGACAACUUGAGGAAGAAGCAAAGGCCAAGAAUGCUUUGGCCCAUGCGCUCCAGUCCGCACGCCACGACUGUGACCUUCUGAGGGAACAGUACGAAGAAGAAACGGAGGCCAAAGCUGAGCUCCAGCGUUCGCUUUCCAAGGCCAACUCGGAGGUGGCUCAGUGGAGGACCAAGUAUGAAACUGAUGCCAUCCAGAGAACGGAAGAACUGGAGGAGAUCUUGUCGGAGUGGAAGCAAAAGUUUGAGGAGUCCCAAACUGAGCUGGAAGCAUCUCAAAAAGAGUCCAGGUCCCUCAGCACGGAGCUCUUCAAGCUGAAGAACGCCUAUGAGGAAUCUCUGGAACAUCUGGAGACCAUCAAGAGGGAGAACAAGAACUUGCAAGAGGAGAUUUCUGAUCUCACCGAGCAACUGGGAAGCACCGGCAAGGCCAUUCAUGAGCUUGAGAAGGCACGGAAGGGGCUGGAGGCCGAGAAGAUGGAGCUGCAGGCGGCUCUUGAGGAAGCUGAGGCGUCCCUGGAACACGAGGAAGGCAAGAUCCUCCGAGCUCAGCUGGAGUUCAACCAGAUCAAGGCCGAAAUGGAGCGCAAGUUGGCCGAGAAGGACGAGGAGAUGGAUCAGGCCAAGCGGAAUCACCUCCGGACGGUGGACUCGCUCCAAGCUUCUCUGGACGCCGAGACCCGCAGCCGCAACGAGGCCUUGAGGAUCAAGAAGAAGAUGGAGGGCGACCUCAACGAGAUGGAGAUCCAGCUCAGCCAUGCCAAUCGCAUCGCCACCGAAGCCCAGAAGCAAGUGAAAUCUUUACAAGGCUACCUGAAGAAUACCAGCCUCAUCAACCAGAAGAAGAAGAUGGAGUCUGACCUCUCCCAGCUGCAGACAGAGGUGGAAGAUGCCAUUCAGGAAUGCAGAAAUGCUGAAGAGAAGGCAAAGAAAGCCAUCACAGACACGGAGGAGGAUCGCAAGAACCUGAUGCGUCUCCAAGACCUUGUUGACAAGCUCCAGUUGAAAGUGAAGGCUUACAAGAGGCAGGCAGAGGAGGCGGAGGAGCAAGCCAACAGCAACUUGGGCAAAUUCCGGAAGGUUCAGCACGAGUUGGAUGAAGCCGAGGAGAGGGCGGACAUUGCAGAGUCCCAGGUCAACAAGUUGAGGGCCAAAAGCCGUGACAUUGGGGUGAAG